CUCGGGGAAUCAGCUGAUGGGGAAGGAGGCUGUGUUUACGCCCUGUCUUAUGCCAUUCACAGAUCUGUAGGUGCCUGUGUCCAAGAUGUCUGCUGACGUGGCAGAGGAGCUGGUUUUUCACUGUACGGAUGACAGAUUCUUUGUAGAACCUGUCAACUCCAAGCAGCUGCUGGUCAUAGACAGAGUUAGCCAUGAGAUCACUCUGGAGGAGAAUAGUGGACAGAUUCCCUUCAGCGCUUCUCGGAAGAAUAUAUAUGGCUUAGUGGGGGUGAUCCACCUGAUAGCAGGCCCGUACCUGAUCUUGAUCACGAAGAGGAUUAAAGUAGGAACCUUGAACAAGCAGACAAUAUGGCGGUUGGCAGACACAGAGAUAGUCCCCUAUGCCAGGUCAAUGGUGUCCUUAACAGCAGAACAGAAAUUGUACAAUGAUAAAUAUCUAUCCAUGUUACAGCAAGUUCUUUCCACCCCAUACUUCUAUUUCUCUUACACUUAUGAUUUGACCCAUACUUUACAGCGCCUGUAUUAUACUGCUGAAGAUUUCCUGCAGAUGGCUUUGCAUGAGAGAGCUGAUGUGAGAUUUGUGUGGAAUCAGCAUCUGUUGAGAGAUCUUUGUGUACAACCAGAAAUGAGUGCUUUUUGCCUCCCUCUUGUUCAUGGUUUUAUAUCUAUCAAGCCAAGUAGCAUUAAUGGUGAGUGGUUUACCUGGGCCAUAAUAUCACGCAGGAGUGUUUAUAGAGCAGGGACUCGCAUGUGGACAAGGGGCAUAGACCAGGAAGGUGCUGUGGCCAAUUAUGUAGAAACGGAACAGAUAAUAGAGUUCCGAGAUUUCAGAUCAUCCUUUGUCCAGACGCGAGGCUCCAUCCCUCUUUACUGGUCCCAGGAGCCAAACCUGAGAUACAAACCUGCUCCACGCAUAGGAAAUGCCAAUCAUGAAGAGGCAUUUAGUCGGCACUUUGAGUCUCAGGUCCUGUGCUAUGGGAAGCAGGUGGCUGUGAAUCUGAUUGACCAGAAGGGUGUGGAAGGGAAGCUGCAUGAAGCCUUUAAGCACCUCAUAGAGACGAGUUCCAGCCAGAUGAUUAGGGACAACGUCAGGUAUGAAUAUUUUGACUUCCACCACGAGUGCCGCAAAAUGCGCUGGGAUAGGUUGAGUAUACUGAUGGAUCGAUUAGCACCAGACCUUGAUUCAAUGGGCUACUUUCUCUUCCGUGAUGGUGUUGUGCUACUCGAACAGGAGGGAGUAUUCCGCACCAACUGCAUUGAUUGUCUAGACAGAACGAAUGUUGUGCAGUCCAUGCUAGCAAGAAAACAACUGCAGUCAGUAUUGACAAGGAUGGCCAUUCUCAUUGAAAAGCAGAAAAUUGAGGAUCAAUUUUCCUUCGAGAGCAUGUUCAAAAACGUGUGGGCAGAUAAUGCGGACAUAGUAAGUACUGAAUAUUCAGGAACGGGAGCCUUAAAAACCGACUUCACCCGCACGGGGAAGCGAACCCACAUGGGCAUGAUGAGAGACCUGUGGAACAGCAGCGUGCGUUACAUCAAGAACAACUUCUUUGAUGGAGACCGCCAAGACGCGCUAGACAUGUUCCUCGGCAAGUACCAGGUGGAGGCCAACGAGGGAGCCACGAGACUCUGCCCCCUCAACAAGAACCGUGACACCCGACUGCUCCUCCUGCCCAGCGCGUUCUUCUUCUCCCUGCUGAUGGUGUUCGCCUGCAUUCUGCUGCCCUCCGAGUAUUCCUCCUUCACGCUCCUCUCACUCCUCUUCUGGUUUGGGAUGAUGGUGGUGGCCUUCCUAGCCACGCUCAUGCAGGGCCGACUCCUUGUCAACUCCCCGCGGCUCUGCCUCUCAACCCUCAAUCAUCUCACGACCCCUCCUAGAAUUGGUUGAUCUCCUCCUUAGCGUACACAGACCGUGUAGAUUAAUAUAUGCCAUUGUAUGUGUCUUCAUUUUAUGUUUUUUCUUUCAACUUUCUAGCCUGUCAGUUUUGAUUUGGGUAUUUGAUGCCGUGAACUUUUUUUUUCUUUAUAUAGAAUUUAAGUGUCUAAGGCUGUUUAAGGUGUCUGAUUUUUUUUUUUUUAUUAAUAUAAAUGUAAUAAUAUAGAGUUUUGCACACAAUGUAGAUAUGAAACUCAAUAUUUAUAUGUAUAUAUAUAAUACACACAUCACCAUCCAAGCAUUGCCAUUUUUAUACGGUUUGCACUGCAGUAUUAACUUUAGAUUUUAUUUUAUUACAGAUUAACUUUGUAAGUUAUAUAUGUGAAAUUUUUUGUUACAUGUCUUUGCAUAAGCAUUUACAGUGCUUGUUCACAGUUAGAUUUGCUACCACAUAAAGGUACAAAAUGAAACUUCUGAAAUCUGUCACAGAAACAACAAAGAAAUUUAAAUGUACGAAAUGCAUGUACAAAAUAGGAAGUAAAAACAGACAAGAAGAAAUACACGUAGAGAAGAGAAGAUUACUCCAUGGACAGUAAUCUCUUCCGACACAUAAAGGCAAAUUUUUUUUAUGACUUUGAUUGCUGGUAAUGAUUUAGAUGCUACCAAACCUGAGGGCUGUGGGUGACAGGCUAGAAUAUUGUGAUGUUUAUUCCUUAGAUAAUGGCAAUGACUAGACAGGUCCACUAUUCUGUGGCUAGGUGAUCGCAAGAAAACACGCAAUGUACAUAAGGUGUUUGGAGGUUGCAUAGUGAAUCGCACUUAUGAUUCUCAACUAACGGCUAAAUUGGUAUGUUGGAAAAAUUGGAGAUCAAGCCUGGAAUUCUUAUGAAAAGAAGUUUUAUGUGUAUAUAUGUACAUUGUGUUUUUUUUCUGUCAAUAUAGGCUUUGUUUCUAUUGAGCAGCUUCAAGUGCUGGGAGAAUUUAGAUGCAACAUAGCUAAUAUACCAAUGAUAAAGAGAUAUUGAGAAUGUGUGUCUUUUAUUUAAGAAAAAAAUCUUUAUUUGGAAAGGUGUGUACCUUCGUUUAGGCAGUAAGUCCUGAACUGAUUUUAGCCUAAUUUGAUUUUCUCUAUCUCCACUACCAUAUUAUUCAGUUAUUAUGUGUGUUUUAAGUGUCUCUAUACUCUGUACUUCUGAAAUUUCUAGUUUGAAUAAAAAUUACCGCUCUCUUCCAAAUUGGUAAUAAAUACAGUACCAGUUUACCCGAAAAUGUAUCGCAGUCUUUAGCUUCAGUAAUUGCAUAGCUGAAGAUGUCCAAUUUAGCAAAUACAACAUGUGCAAGAACACCAAAUUUCUUUUUCCAUGCAGUAUUUACCCUCCCAGUUGUCCUAAUACUAGAUAUUGUUAAAUACAUUCCAUAGUUUUGAAAUGAAAAUAAGCAGAAGUGAAUAUUGAAACUUUAUUAUAAUAUGCUUUUGUGUAUAUUUACUUUGUAUGUAUGACCAUAGAGUUGAUAUUCGUGUUGUGAAGUAACCCAUCACAUUAUUAUUAUAUAUAUAUAUAUAUUUUCAUUUAUUAUUAUUAUUUUUUUAUUUAUUUAUUUAUUUAUUUAUUUUUUUGAAAGUAAAUAGUGGGUACAUAUUUUAAAAGCAAGUGAUGAAAGGUAGAUUGAUAAACAUGUAGACCAGAUUUUUAAAAACAUGUCAUUAUAGAGACAUUAAAUUUAAGAGAAAAAAAAUAAGGUAUUGAGGCUAUCCCAACAGUAAUUUAACAUCGAAUACAAUACACUAUGGCAGUGCAUGUGUACCAUAAUGAUAGGGCCUGAAUAUAUGUACUGAUAUUGAUUACAAAACAUGCUGUAUGAUUUUGCAUUUUGUAUUUAUUUAUUUAUUUUAUUAGAACUGAAGCCCCGAUAGCUUUCAUAAAUGGAAAAUAGCCAUUUAGGUUGACAAAAGAAUAACAACUCUUUGAAAUCUCUAUUUAUUAGAAAUCUUGAUGAUAGGGAUUUACUUGUAAGUAUAGAAUUCCAAAUCAUUGUGCUAAAGCAUCAAGAAUAAUCAGCAUCAGUUCUCAUGAAUGACUAAAGUUUAUUUUUGACAUUCUCAGGUAAUGAAAAGAAAAGAAGAGAAAAAUAAAAGGAAUUGGUGAAUUUGAUAAUGCAUUGAUCUCAGUAACCCUUGUCGGUAUAAUGGUUAACCAGACAUACUUACCCAGUGUACUAACAAUGCAUAACCUUCCAUUAACUGUUAGGAAUGGUAUAGUUCGGGUAUCUUGUUUCAUGUACUAUAUUUAUGACUGAUAAAUCAAUAAAGGAUACUGGCUGCUUA